AUGGUUAAAGGUCAAGCUACUGGAGCUCCGGGUGCAACAGGUGGUGGAGCUGCAGCAGGAGGAGGUGGAGAUCCUUCAUUAGGAGGAGGAGCAGGAGCAGGAGGAGGAGCAGGAGCUGUAGGAGGUACUGGAGCAGGCAGCGUUGGCGGCGGUGCUGGAGCAGGUGGUGUUGGAGGAGGUGCAGGAGGAGGAGUUCCUGCAGGUGGAGGUGCAGUAGAUCCUUCAUUAGCAGCAGGAGCAGGAGGAGCAGGUGUUGCAGGAGGAGGUGCUGGGGUAGCCGGUGCUGCAGGAGUUGCUGGAGGAGGUGCUGGAGGAGGAGGAGGAGGAGGUGUUGCAGGAGGAGGUACUGGGGCAGGUAGUGUUGGAGGAGGUGCUGGGGGAGGUGCUGGAGGGGGUUCUUCAGGAGGAAGUUCUACCACACCUCCUACCGCAGAUACGUCCGGAGCUGCUACCACAGCUGCUGGCGCAGCCCCUGCAACAGAUCCUACCGCAGCCCCUGCGGCAGAUCCUGCAGCAGCCCCUGCCGCAGACCCUCCCCCAGCUCCUGCUCCUGCUCCGGCUCCUGCCGCAGAUCCUGCCCCAGCUCCUGCUCCUGCUCCUGCUCCAGCUCCUGCUCCAGCUCCUGCUCCAGCUCCUGCCCCAGCUCCUGCCCCCGCUCCUGCGGGAGCAUCAGAGGAAGAGGAAGACUCAAGCAACAAAGACGUACUAAUAGCAGGAGGAUUAGGAGCCAUAGGAGGAGGGGCGCUAUUAGCAGGAUUAAUGCAUCGUAAGAAUAAAAAAAAACUACGAAGACAAGAAGAAGAGCAUCAACUAGAAAUACAUCAACUAACGGAACAACAUGAACAAAAAUUACGUAGUGCAUAUAAACAUGGUAAUAAUACACAUGAUGGUAACAAAAAUAGUGGUAAUGGGCAUGGUAGUAAUAACCAUGGUGGACAUGUAACUGGCAGACCUGGUGGACAUAGACCUGGUAGGCAUCAAUUUAACCGAGGUCCUGCAGUGAGACCAGCUGGAAAUUCGAGGUUUACACAUUUGAAUACCCCUUCGCAUCCUGGACAUAAUGCCAUUAGUGAACAUGGUGAGCAUUCUGGAACUAAUCAUGGCCAUGAUGCACAUUCUAAAUCACAUCCUACACAUCCUCCACAUCCUACACAUCCUCUACAUCCUUCACAUCCUUCAAAUGUAGUUGUUGUGCAUACCGUGCAUCAUAUACAUGGUCAUCCAUCUGAUCAUCCGGAUCACCAUAAAGCUGAACAUAAAAAUAAGCAUUAG